CGCGGCCGCCUCCCUAUGCCCAUUGGGCAGCCGCCUGUCCGUCAGGCAGCUGAGGCGCUAGGGGGCGGCGGCGGCCAUUUUGGAGCAGAGCGCGGGGCCAGACUGAGCGGAGGGAGCGCGGCGAGUGCGGAAGCCCCCUCCGCCAUGGCAGCCCCUCUCGGUACCGGCACCCGCGCGGAGGAGAAUGGGCAGGAGAAACAGGACAUGCAAGAGAAGGAAACUGUCACCCCUGAGAGAGCAGAAGAGGCAAAACUGAAGGCCAAGUACCCCAACCUAGGCCAGAAGCCUGGAGGCUCUGACUUCCUCAUGAAGAGACUGCAGAAAGGGCAAAAAUACUUUGAUUCUGGUGACUACAACAUGGCCAAGGCAAAGAUGAAGAACAAGCAGCUGCCAAGUGCAGGGCCAGACAAGAACCUGGUGACAGGAGACCACAUCCCCACGCCGCAGGACCUCCCACAGAGAAAAUCCUCGCUUGUAACCAGCAAGCUGGCAGGGUAGCCUGCACUCACAGGCUGGGGUUUUUCCUAUUUUCUUUUUUUCUUUUGGCUAAAUGGAUUGAACUUCACUGUACCAUAGGGAUGGGAGCACCAGAAUCCACAUAGUUAUUUGAGUAUUUACAGCAAACACACACCAAAACCGAGAAGGCAAGCAAGAGGUGUCAGUAGCCCCAGAUGCACAGGCAGAUUUGAUUGGGCUGUUCCUUUUAGUGAGUCAGUUUGCUGCCUUAAUUUUCAUGCUGUUUGAAACCAUCCUCACUUGCAGAGCCACUGAAGUGCUGCCUCCUUGCUGGGAGAGUUGAGCAGCCCUGGGAGAAGCAGGGAAGCGCUCAGAGGAGUUGCUUAGCUGUUUGCUUGGCACUGGGUAGGAGGGGAGAGCUCAGAGCUGUGGCAUUUGAAUGUUUUUCAGGCAUUGGGUGUAUGCGGAGGAAGAACCAGCUGGGCCAAAGGUGUGAUACAUGAUCUGGAAGUUUAGUUAGGGGGGGUGUGUGUGUUAGAGCUUCUAAAUGAAGAAAUUAGCUGAUAGGCAAAAAAUUACGUGGCUGUGUUGCUGGGCUGAGCUGCCUGGCAUCUGUCCCCUGCUUGCACAAAGCAGCUCACAGGAGUGAACAGCGUGCCUGUGGGAGAGCGGCUGGGCAGCAUUUGAAACGGUCCUUGUGGCUUGGAGCUGCAAUGAGGCGCUUGUUGUUUUGGGAGUAGAGUCCCACCACAGCUACAUCCAAGUGUGACUGUGACGGAGGGGCGUGGUGUGAGGCUCACAGCUGCCCCGGAGGGCUUGGGGGCAGUUUCUUUCUCCCUGGUCAGUUCUGGCCAGCGAGGCUGUCUGCUUUGGCAAAGGUGAGAGACAGCUCCUCUCCCAGCUGCUGGGUAGGCAGCAAAAGGUGGUGAGCUGAAUCCCACCAGCAGCAGGGCACUUGGGGCACAGGGGAGUGCGGCCCAGCAGGCAGAGCCCUGUCUGGCUGCGUGCAGCCCCUGCCUGAUCUCAGACGUCGGCGAUGACAAAGCGGGGGCCAGUAGCAGCCGGUGAGACCGAUGUGAGCUGUUGGAGCUGAUCUCUGGAUGGAGAGAGGCAGGACUGGGAAUAACCACCCUGGAAAGGAAAAAAGUACUGAAGACAGAGAGCAUAGAAAUUAUGAAGAGAGGAGCACAGAGGCAAACCUGUGUUGACAGUGUUGGGCUUGGAUUUCUUUCUUUUUUUCUCCCUUUCUUUUUUUUGCCUUUUCUUUGUUCCAGGCCUGAAAAACAAGUUGGUAUGAUGGCUGCAGCCUGCAGAACAACAUGCACGCUCGGUGCAUGUACUGUCUGCUCCUUGUGCAGCGGAGACGAAGCAGCCUCCCAUCCUGUGCAGUGGAAGGUCUUGACACGCCUGUGCCAGGGCUGUGCUAAACCUGCCUGGUUUAGGCCUGGUUUUGAAGGGAUGUGGGCAAAAGGAAGUCAAGUGGUUUUUCUUUGGUUUUGUUUUGGGGUUUUUUGUUUUUUUUUCUUUUAGGGAUUCCCAUCAGGUCAGGAGAAACCGAGUCAGGGAGGCAACGGGUGAUGCUCUGCAUGGGCACUGCUUUCCUUACGUGUGUUCUUGGCUGGCUGACUCAGGCUUUCCUGAGAACCUGUUUCACUCGUAGUGCUUUCCUGCUGCUGGCUGGAGCGAGGAGCGCGGUGGUGCUUCCCGGGAGAGUGUUUGUCAAGGGUGUGCUCGAAUGCUUGCUUCUGCCUUUGGGUGGCUUGGAGCAAGCCAGCCACAGCCCCAGUUGUCAUGAGCAAAGGGCUCCAUUGCCCCAUGGCCACAGCGGACAGUUUUCUCUUUGUGGAGUGGGCAAGGAGCGUAGCGGCAGUGGGGGCUGCCCACUUGUAACCAUGGGUCCGUGCUUCAGUCUCUGUCGCCUUUCCAGACUCUGUGUGAGCUGGCCGGGGUGGUGCUUGCAGUGGCUGUGCAACCUCCUUGGAUGUUCUGCUGUCUGUCCCAGCCAUGUUGUAAAUAGAUAUGAAUCAUAUAUAUAAAAAUAUAUAUAAUUUUUUACAUGUUCAUCUCUCUUCUACAGUGCUAUGCUUGCUUUUUAUUUUUUAUUUUUUUUUACAAAGAGGAAAUACAGUGAAGAAUGCAAAGGGGCGUUGCAGCUUGGGGGCUGUCCCUGUGCUGAGGGGGGGCAGAGAGAGGGGACAGCUCUUGAACCAUAUCUUUGGUUUUCUGGAAAUGCCAGGGGUGCUUGCACAGGAGGGGGAAGCAAUUGUGACGACACAGGAUGAGAACUAGCAAGAGCAAUUCCAUACAAGGGUAGGAGCUGUGGAGCGGGGUUAUUUCCAUUCCGCCCCCAGAGUCAGGGAGGCAGCGAGGGGGUGAGGAUGCUGUCUGCCCCACUGUCCACCUUUUAUGGGAAGGGGUGCAGCGGGAACCGCCCUGGAUCUUGGAGGCAUUCACGUCCUCUGUGCCUUAUUGAAUAUUACUACAAGGAUGAGGCUGGUAGCGGUGGGUGGCUUGAUGUCCUCAGGACUGUUGGGGUGAGCCAGCAGGAGGAAGGACAUGUUCAGCAUCAACUGAGGGACUUGUGCAGUUUGAGCAAAGCCAUCAAAGUGCAGCUAUGGGGUUGGAUGGGGCACAGAGGGAGGGCUUGAGCCCACAUGGGGGUUUUGUUGUGGCGGGGAAGGCAGGUGUGGCCAUGCUCCUGCACCCCAGGGAUGAGCACCGCGUGGGAAAGGGCGUGUGGAGAGACUGUGACGGGCCUCAGCAAAAUUGCUCCAAGUCCCUACCCUUUGUUCCUCCUCCUCCUUCAGGGUUUCAGCUACUGCUGUGCAACAUGUCCCCCUCUCCAGGAAUGCUUCGGAAGCUGGAAAUCCAGAAAGAGGAAGAUCUGCAGUCGGUGUGUGAAGUGGCUGCCCACAUGUUCAGUGAUGGAGUAACAAACUGGGGUCGAGUGGUGACACUCAUCUCGUUUGGUGCCUUUGUUGCGAAACACCUGAAAAGCAUAAAUCAGGAGAAGUGCAUCAGCUCGCUGGCAGGGAUCAUCACAGAUGCGCUCGUCUCAUCUAA